CAGUCUGAGUAGUUCCUGUAGGAAGAAGCUCAGUUCAGUCAGCUGUCACAAUCUGAGAGAGGCGAACACAGGGAGAGAAGAACACACACACACAUACAUACACACACUCACAGCGAAAAUGUCUAAUUUCUCCAACAAGUUCGACGCUCACACGAUGACGCAGCUCAACGAAUUCCUCGAGGACGACGAGAAACUGACGAAAAUGAUCCAGGAAAUGGACGAGAUGCAGGGCGUCCAGCAGAGCAAAGACAUGACACUCGCCAACAACCGGACCCUGGCUGAGAAGAACCUGGACCUGCAGCCCAGACUGGAGCACAAGAAGGAGCAGCUCACUAAGCGCUACAGCUGUCUGCAGGAGCGCUUCGAGUCCUACCAGCUUCGCAAGUCCACGCUCGACCACAACUCGGGAAACUCCUCCCUGGACACGUUGCUGGCCCUGCUGCAGGCGGAGGGAGCCAAAAUAGAGGAGGAGACAGAGAACAUGGCUGACUCCUUCCUGGACGGCGACAUGACCCUUGACGCCUUCAUCGACACUUAUCAAAAUAAGAGGAAGUUGGCCCACUUGAGAAGAGUCAAAAUCGAGAAGCUUCAGGAGAUGGUGAUGAAGGGCCAGCGUCUCCCUCAGGUGUCGGUUCCCAGCUCCCGAUCUCAGGACGUGUCGGCCGCGGCCUCCCUCCUCAGCGACUCCAGCAACGGCUCCUCCCCUGUCCCUCAGCCCAGGAGGAAACCCCCUCUCCCUCCUUCACAGCCAGCCCCGAUUCUAAAUCCAAACCAAGCAUCGACGGACGCACCUCUGCCUCCCGUCUUCUACUCCACGUCGCCAUACCCGCCGAUUCCUCCUAGGACAGGCCAGCCUUACCCCGGUGGCUCCUCUGGCUACCCUACUCACUUCCUGUCUCAGUAUCCCCCCGCGUUGCCGCAGAGGCCUCCACCUCGCAUGGCCCCGCAGCCUGGCUUCAUCAUGCAGUAGAUAAAAAGCAGUUUCCCCUCGGAGGAGGAUGCAGCGCGUGUGUCGUGGACUAUUUCACCGCUGGGACCCCUCUGAGGACUGGGUUUCUUUGUCGUCUGCCUUUUCGGAUUUAAUGACCAAUUCACGACAGAAGAGGACAGACCCUGGGCUGGCUGGUCUGGUCAUGUUCAACCGAAGCAGAUCUCAAAUCAUCUCUGCACUCUCUCAUUCCCGUCAUCGACACUCCCGACAAACCUCGACUCUCCCUUCAGGGAAAGCACCCGACGCAGGCUGCUGUAGCGACACCAGUGUCGCUCUUCACUGGGUCACUGAGCCUGGACUUUGUCAUUUAUCAGCACUUUGUUGUCUCCAGGCUGUGCCCUCAUGCUCUGCUGGGCCUGUGACUCAGAGUCUCCGCUCCCUUCAACCUUCAAGUUCCUCCAGCUUUCAGGGAACACUAAAGUCACUCAAAUACAAAAAAAAAAAAAGGGUUCGAUUUGUCCUUUUCCAUCUGCAGCGUACUCCUCUUAACUGGUAUUGUAUAUGCAAACAAAGAGAGACCCUGAUUACUGUGCAGUUCUGAUGAAAAAAAUCUCUCCAGGAAUAUAUUCAGGCGGACUGCAUCUAUGCUGUGAUUUAUUCUACUUUUUUCCUCCCUCUCUUUUUAUUAAUAUAUAAACAUUCACAAGGUACAUAGAGAUAUUUGAAUUUUCAGCAACUCUUGAUAUGAUUAUAGUACUAACGGAGUUAUGAUAAUAAUAGCCAGGAUAGACUGAUUCACGUGUAACGGAGGGCUUUGGUUAACGUUCUAAAGAGAGUCCAGACCCGCCUGGUUCCAGAUGGCCCUGACUCUCGCACUCGGUCCGUCUCUGGGCGGAAGUCUGAAGCACGUUGGAAGACGGAGAAAGAUGAUCAGUGGCUGAAACUAAAACAAAUCACCAAGCCUUUUUUCGAAGCCUUGCCUGAAAUGAAGGAUUUGUGCUUAGCCAUACAGUUCAGAUGUGUGUCGUUUGUUCAGUGUGGGUUCCUGUUGUGAUGCAAACACUCCUUUUUUUUUUUUGUUUUAAUGAUGUAUGUUGUCUUUAUCGCCCUCUGUUGGAAUUGGAAGUUAUGCCAAACAGAUCUUUGGAUCUAAGGCUACAUCCAUGCUACGUUUGUUUUGUUUUUUAUUUAAAAACACUUACAAGUUCCGGCGUUUAAGAGAACUCCAGAAUGUAGAAGUUCACUUUUAGUUAGAUAAAAUCAACCCAAAUGCUGCUCGUUCACUUCGAAAGCAGCGUCAGGCGUCGCCCCCAGCGCCAGGGCCAGUCGAGUCAAAAUACGCUAUGCAAAAACACAAACAAGGUGCUAGCCAAGCAAAUCACAUCUAUGCGUUCAACACUACACGGCCUAAAAAAAGAGCCCUCGUACGAGGUUGUUCUCCCCGUUACUGAUAAUUUUUGUAGAGCACUCUUGUAUCUCUUCAGAGCGUAAAAAUCUUUUACUGAUAAUUUUUGUUUGGGGGGGGCGGGGGGGCAAUCCACUUUAGCAACAUUAGCAACAUCGCCAUAACCUCUGUUGGCGACCUCUAGCAUUAAGCAUCAGCCCCUCCCACUGUCAAAGUUCUCUGUGGUACGAAAAUCUUCAUUAACACUUUGCAGUUUCACCUUCUCGUCAGUCUCCUUACAAAUUCUUUGUUGUUUUCUCUCUAGUAAUGGUUUCUGAAACCAAGCAAACGACCACAGAGGAGAGAGAGCGUGUCCGCUUCCCAUUUUGCCUGGUGCACCUGAACGGUCACGUGAUGUCGUCAGGACGUAGGUUAUUUGAAUCCGAAAAUGUGGUUUUUAAUAGAAAACGUAUGAGUUUCUGUACACGGAUAGAACUACAACAAAUAAGACCAAUGACCUGGAUGAUGUAUUCCGAGCGACGGUAGACGCUUCAACACAUUUUCUUGAGUUGUAGAUGGAGAUCUAACGACUUUUGGGAGCUCCGUUGAGCAAGUCGACUUAAAAUGGUGGUCGAAUCAAAAGACAGCUGUUGUUGCUUCUCUGUUGUCGUCCCAUUAAUCCCGCCUCUAACCCAGCGCGGGUUUGCGAUUGGUUCCCUUGGAAAUCAAAUCGCUGGCAGACUCGGCUGAGUUCACCCAGGUUAGGAAAACAUGGUGGUAUGGAUGUAGUCAGUUCAGUUUUCUGCAACACUGAGCACCAAAGAUUAGCCACACCAUGUUAUGUUCUAACUAUUCAGCUGUGGUCCUGUUUUGUUGUUUUGUUCUAUGACGUGAAACCAUUUCGUAAAAACUUCCGUUGACUCUACCGUUGUUCCUUUCUAACGUAUCUGUUUGUGGUUUCUGAGCUGAAACACUUUUUUCUAACUAAGUGAGCCAGAUUUCUCCCAGAGGAACUUGUCUAGUUUUAAAGUCAGUCGGUUUAUUUUCUUGUCCUGGUUUUGCUGUCGCCGUGCACUGUCGACGAGCCACGAGUGCCUACAUUUGAAGUGACGUGUAACGGCGUCCUGCUGAUCACUCCCGCGUCGUGUCGUGUUUAGCCGCCACCAAGCAUUUAUUCUCUUCCUCCUCCCUGCCACUGAUGUUCCGCCGCCACCAGACAGCUGAGACGAAGAGUGCACCGUGUGACUCGGUCUGUCAGGUUUUGCUCUCGCACUAGAAGCAGAAAGGCCAGAGUGGAGUGAACGUGUGCAUGUGCCAGAAAAGACGAGACACCCUCAGGCCGUUUGCCUAGUGGUGCUGGUGCUAAUGCUUCGCCUCCGUUCUUCCUCCUCUGUGCUGAAACUUGCCUGAGGUGAAUUCACACAUACCCCCUCUCUUUUCUUUGUUUGUUUGUUUGUUUGUUUGUUUUACUUGGAUAAAAAAACAGGGCUCUGAAAUGUUUAGCAUCAUAUAUCUCAGUGACGGUGAUCGUGUUUCACCUCAAGGCAAAGACGUUGACCACAGAACGGACGGAGCAUAUGGCAAAGCCACGAGAGGGAGCAGGAGCUUUUAUAUAAACCAGCAGUUGUAAUAACUAACAUAGAUAAUUGUUUUGUGCAUGGCCUUUGCUCUUUGUGUUCAGACUGAAGAUUCUUCUCUUCAGAACUCCCCCCUCGUUUUUUUUUUUGUUUUUUUUUUGCUUUAGCCAUUCGAGCUGCUUUUUACAUUUGAACUGAUCCACUGUAUUUGUGGUUUUAUAUGUGGUUGGUGAUAUUUUCAGUGUAAUGUUGUAGGUAAAUUUACUUAUAAUGAAUGUGUAAGUGGAGUUUAAUGCUAUUUUCAAGUUCAAUAAAUCUCACAUUUUUGUA